AUGAAUUGUACUCAUCAUAUUUAAAAUCAAGUGUUAUUCAUAUGUAUAGCUAAACAUAAAUGUUAAUAUUAAAGGAAACUAUGUGGGGAAUGCCUUUAUGAUCAUGGAGUUGAUAUAAUCAAACAAACAGUUCCUAUUGAUAGAUUUAGAGCAAUGGUUAUUUAGAAACUAUAAGAAUCAAAGUUAGAAGAGACAUCUGAAUUAAACAAUUAAAGAAUGAAUUUCAAAUCCACUCUUUCAAAAAUUGAGAAUUUGAUAAGGAAAAUUUUGGAAGAAUUAGCAAAAUCAAUAAAUAAAAUAUACGAUAGGAUUGAUGAGGAAAAUUAAUAAUACAUUAAUCUGAUCAACGAAAAUAGGAAUCUAGCAGAAUCCUCUUAUAAUGACUUAGAAAAAUUAGUAUCAAUUUUAGAAGGAAACACAUUAGAUUAAUGGAAUGUCUAGAAAAAUUUCUAGUUGAAAAAAUUAGAAAAUACAAAGACUUGGCUCAGUUAAGAAGUUAGCGCUUUUAAUGAAAAGAUAAAUAAAGAAAUGAAUUAAUUCAAUUUAAUUGGUUAAUCAGAGUAUUUAUCAAAUAUUGUUUAAGAGGUGAAACCAUUAAUUAAAUCUAAAAUCCGAGAUCAAAUUUUAAUUCAAUCAUAGCAAGAACAACAAAAUUAAUAAAAAUCAUUAAUAAACUAAUAAUAAUCAUUGUAAUAACUUAAAUAACAUAAUUAACUCAAUAUUAAACAAUUUAAUUAUUAGAUAAUUUAACAGAAUUCUAUCAAAUAAGAUGAAUGGUGUUUAGCAGUUGCUUUUAAUAAAGAUAGUUCAAUCGUAGCAGCUAUAUGUGAUUAAUAAAUUAAAAUAUUUGAAUAAAAAUAGGGAAUGUUGAAAUUAAAUUAAGUCUUAAAUGAACAUAAAACAAAUGUGUUCACAAUAAAUUUUAUGAAAUAAUCAAAUUAGUUGAUUUCUGGAGAUGCAAAAGGAUAUAUUUUGAUUUGGUCAUAUGUUAAUAAUUCAUGGAUUUGUUCAUAAACUAUCAAAGACCAUAGUAAUUAAAUUAGAUGCUUAAUUAUAAAUAUUAAUGAAGAUCUAUUUAUAUCAAGUAGUGAUGAUAAUAAUAUUAAGUUUUGGGUUAAGGAAAAUGGAUGGAUCUGCUAAUAAACAAUCACAGAUCAUCAUCAUUGGGUUUAUCAAUUAAGUUUAAAUGAAUAAUAAAAUCAAGUUGUAUCGUGUGGAGAGGAUAGUUAGAUAUUAGUAAUUGAGAAAUCAAAACUUAGUAAAAACUGGAUUGUAAAAUAAAAAAUAAAAGUUGAUCGUUUGGGAUAUCGAUUAUGCUUUAUUAACGAUAAUCUUUUCACAUUUCAACCUUGUUAAGGCAAUUCUAUGCAUGUCUAUGAAAUGAAUAGUGUAAGCAAAUAGUUUUAUAAGUCAAAACAUAUUAAUAUUAAUCAAAAUCAUUAAAUUUAUGGUGGAUUAUUUCCAUAAUAAUUUAUUAAAUAAAAAUAGUUAAUAGUGAAUAAGCAUGAUAACUAUAUAAAUUUAAUAAGAUUUACAUAAAAUGCUCAAUUUAAAGUUGAAUAAUC